AUGCCCAAUAUUACGUUAAGCAUGAUCAGCAAGGGAAGCGUAACGUCGAAGGCUGUGCGCGAAGCGAUGAGGGCAAGGACGGAAUUAGAUCAGGCGCAAGAGAAGGAACGCGACGCUAGCACCAUCUACACCUACACUCCGUUGGAAUCGCGGCAUACAAUACGUUUGCUGGAGCUGCACGCGGGGUCGGAGAACGAGCCGUUGAAAGGCAACCUUCGCGACUUCGACCUGGAGGAGGCCAUGUUCACGGAUGCCCUGGACGAUGCACCGUUUCCUGAAACCGAACGCGAAUUUCCGCAAUACGAAGCGUUAUCUUACGUUUGGGGCUCGCCGCUAUUCACGCAUGCUCUGGAGUUGGUCGAUGGAGGUGGUGCUAUCCCAAUGACUGCCAAUCUUGCUGAGGCUCUGCGACGACUUCGGAGAAGGGAUGGCACUCGUCUUCUUUGGGCCGACGGCGUCUGCAUUAACCAAAAUGACGUGAAAGAGCGCGGACAUCAGGUGAAGCUUAUGGGCACUAUCUACACUGGAGCGAAGGAAGUUAUUGUAUGGUUAGGACCCGACAACAACAAAAAUGCCUACAAGACCUUCUCCUUUUUCGAGACGGAUAUCAUGGUCGACGAGCCCGCACAGAUCAUUACCGCUUUUAACCAGCUGUGUCCCGUCGAGUACGACCACCGAAGCCGCGAAUACGGAGAAAUGCUGCUCGUGAAAAUGAUGGUCGAGUGUGAGUGGUUUGAACGCCUGUGGGUGGUUCAAGAGGUCGCCUUGGCCCGUUGUGCCGUAGCCGUUUGGGGCACUGAAGAGAUCGAUUUUCAGAAAAUAUCUUCAGCCAUAAGAACUUGUAAGGCUGUGCUUCCGGAGCACAAGCUUUGUACAGCAAACGUCUUGGAUCACUCAAGUCCGGACAUUGAUCUUCUACAAGUCUUAGCCUGGGCGAGGGGCUUGAAGUGCUCAGAUGAUCGCGACAGAGUCUACGCCCUCCUCGGCUUGCCAACCUUAGGCUUGGGUCGCAGUCCAAUCGAGCCAGACUAUACGCAAUCCGUAAGCGACCUCUACUAUGAAAUUGCCUGUAGGGCAAUGGCCUCAGGAGGCUUGUGGACCUUACUGUGUCUCACCGAUCACGGGAGCUCCGCAGAGGAGUGGCCCAGCGAGCUUCCAUCCUGGAUCCCAGACUGGAGACGGCCAAAUAUCUUAUCCUGUCCUUCACAGGUGGGCCAAGGGCAACUGCCUUCGUUUGUGGAUGCCUCCACACGCAGUCUUCACAUUGAGGGGUUUUGUCUUGAUACCGUCACUUCCGUGUCCUCACCGUGCUUUCAAGCAGAAACUGAUAUGGUAGACGUCGUCUCAAUAUCACGGUUUUGGUGUUCGGUGAUAGAACCCAUGCUGAAAGAGGAUGUUUUAUCUGCAGGGACACUUCCCCUAUACGCCUUCUGCGACGCUGUGAUGAGCGGGGACAAUCUUAAUUGGGAGCGUUGUAGCCAUGGCCUUGACGCCACACUCAAAUUCUACGACUACUGCCAAUCAAGUCGAUGGGCUGCGGGGAUGGGAAAAUCCACACGCACGGUUGACAAGAUGCUGCGGUCCAUACGCAGCAAAGUCUGUGUGGUCGACUCGGGCCGGUCGGGACACGCUAGUAUCGCGUUUUCGAAGUUCUUGAGGGGCCGUAAACUUUUCGCCACGCAUAAGAGCUUCAUCGGCCUUGGUCCGGAAGCAUUACGCGCUGGGGAUUGCGUAGCAUUCUUGGGGGAGGUAGACACUCCAUUCAUUCUGCGUCGGCAGGGCGAGUUCUACAGGUUUAUCGGCGCCGCAUUUAUUUCGCAACUCGCAAACGGUGAAGGAUUCGAAUUAUGGAAAGAGAAUUCAGGAGAGCCGCAGGAAUUGGAAAUUAGAUAG